GAGAAGAGGAUUUAGAUUAGAUGUCUUUGAAGAAGGAACUGAUAAUUCAAUUAACAGAACUGAAGAUUGGGUAGAACUUAUUCAAAAUUGGAUAAAUAUGAUUGAUGAUAAUGAAGAUAUUUAUGACCCUUUAGAAUUUAUAUCUAUAGAUCAUACUAUACAUCCUGCUGAUGAUCCAAUUGCCUAA